ACAAGUUGGAAAUCAAGAAGAGCGCACGCCGACCUCCCCCCAACCAAUUCGGACCACUUCGCAUCUGUGAAUCUGAGACUGCCACCAGUACCUAAUUCUACAGCCCCGUUUUAGUUUUCUGUACCUGCGUCGAGCUACCUAAUCCUGUCCGACCCCGACCCCAACCGAAACCAAUCAAUAGCAAGCUCAGUCGCAGUCCUCACAAUGCAGGGCCUCCUUCUGUCCCUGUCUCUUCUCGCCUCUGCAGCCGUUGGUGCCCUCGCUGCGGAUGAGCUGAACAUUGACGUCACGCUCCCUGUCGAGUGCGAACGCAAGACUCAGAAGGGAGACAAGAUCAACGUCCACUACAAGGGAACUUUGCAGUCGGAUGGCUCCAAGUUCGAUGCUAGCUAUGACCGCGGCACGCCCUUCAGCUUCAAGCUCGGCGGUGGCCAGGUGAUCAAGGGAUGGGACGAGGGUCUUCUUGACAUGUGCAUCGGCGAGAAGCGCACCCUUACCGUUCCGCCCAGCUACGGCUACGGCCAGCGAGCCAUCGGCUCCAUCCCUGCCGGAUCCACCCUCAUCUUCGAGACCGAGUUGAUGGGCAUCGAUGGUGUCCCGAAGCCCGAGUCGAUCGUGACCAAGCCCGCCACCGACAGUCCCGCUUCGACAGCCAGCGAGGAGGCUGAGGAGGCAACACAGAAGGUCGGCGAGAAGGUGGCGAGCGUUGUGAAGGAGGCGGCAGAGGCGGCCAAGACUGUCAUUGCCGAUACGGACGACACCCAAGAGCACAACGAGCUCUAGGGCGGCAAAACGGAGGUGCGAGAGAUGGGGGUUCCUAGACCUGAGGAAAAUGGGGCUGGCGUGGACCUUGCAGCUUGCAUGUUACAUCAGAGACAAGAGGUCAAUCCUGAAUGUUGGAGACACAGGCAGCAUUCAUUCCUCGAACAUGUACAGACUAACAUUAAAUGUGUUUAUUUGUGCACCGGUCCUUGAAGCUUCCAGUAUAGGUGCGUUUAAGGUGACAGGUACAGGCUAGUUGUGCUGCCAAGACAACCCGAACCCAUUGCUAGGGGUAUCGCCAAAAAAUGCCGAUGCUUGAUCGCUCUUGCCGGGCCGAGCCUCGAUUUUCU